AUGGUGUUUGAGAGUUUUUCAUUCAGCUUUCCAUGGAACUGGUCGUCAUCCUCCGGGACCCAACAAGAAACUAAAAAACUCAAGAAGAAAGUGUUACGCACUCGUAGUGAACAGAUCGAGCUGAACGGACAUGCGAGACCACUUCUAGAGCACAAAAAUGAUGUCCAUGAUGGCUAUUACCCCGGUCUUGUCAAUAUAUCCGGAACGUACUGUUUCAUGAACUCAACUAUGCAGGCUAUGGCCUCCUUGUCCUAUUUACACCCUUAUCUCUCGUACACGCAAGCCAAAGCCAUUCAACUUGAUGUGCCAUCACCUGUCGUAGACGCCCUCUUAGCUUUGCUCCAAGAUCUCAACACACCGCGCACCGCUUAUCAUUCAAUCCGUCCACUCGACAUGAUCACCACCCUCGUAAAUCACUCCAGAAGCAGACACAACUCCCUCUUUUCCUCUCGAGAACAUCAAGAUGCACAGGAGUUAUUUCAACUUGUCUCCGAAUGCAUCAAGAAGGAAGUUGCUGCAGUCGAUAAUGAAGGCCAACGGGAUCGUGGUCUAGGUGGACUCUCUCAAGUCCGCAAUGACAUUAACAAGGAGAUUGGGAAGAGUGUGUUCGACGGACUCACAGCAAACAGGCGCAGCUGCGUUGAGUGCGGUUACACAGAAGCCGUCAUGCACUUUGCUUUCGACAGCUGGCAACUUGCUGUGCCUCGAUAUGUUGCCAGCUGUCACUUGGAGGAUUGUCUUGCAGAGUACACUAAGCUUGAGAUGCUGAAUGACUGUAUAUGUCGCAAAUGUUCGAUGAAGGCCACGCAUCAGAAGCUAAGGCAAGAAGCAGACCGGUUGGCAGCAGCAGUGAACGCAGACCCUACCGCCUCUAUAUCGAAGAAGAAGCGAGUGAAGGACGCUAGAAAACUAGAACUCAGGGUACAGUCUGCUUUAGAUCAUGGUCGACUGGAAGAGGACGUCAAGGGUGUCAAGAUGGAGAAAGUGUUCAGCAGAGCAUCGACAAAGCAAGCUAUGAUCGCAAGACCACCUCAAGUUCUCGCACUGCAUCUCAAUCGAUCCCUCAGCUACGGCCAUUAUGCUGCUAAGAACACAGUUCGCAUUCUGUUUCCCGAAUUCCUAGACCUCACACCAUUCACGACUUCUGGCAACCUCUCCACCAAACCUUCUGUUCCCAUCUCGUCACAACCGCCCCUACUCCCUCGUUCCACAACUCCCACGCCGGCAACAUAUGCUGUGCAAAGAAUCAUAUACCGUCUUUCUGCUGUUGUGUGUCACUAUGGUCAGCAUUCCUUCGGUCACUACGUUUGCUACCGGCGCAAACCCCGACCUGUAUCCUACGGGUCACGGCGCUUCGCACCACCAAGACUCGCCGACCCACUUGGCUGCGACUGUGAAAAGUGCCAACGCUAUGGGCCCGUGCGCGACGACGAUGAAGCCGUAGACUCCAUGUACCGUCAUGGCCGGGGAUGGCUACGGAUCAGCGACGACUCAGUGAAGGAAUGCGGAAUAGAGACAGUGGUGCAGGAGGGUUCUGGGGCGUUUAUGCUCUACUACGAGCGCGUGGUACAGUCGCGCCCUGGCAUUUACCCACAUCACAACUCACCACGAAGCUCAGAGGAGACACUCAAGCCGCGCGUGAACGGGUCAACGACAUCGGUUGCAAGCUUGAAUGGGGAUGUUGUAGAGAGUAGGGGAAGAGGUGUGAUGGGUCCGAGAGUUGUGAGGAGUGUAGUGGCUGGGAGAAGAAGUGUUUCGGCUGCGCGACAGGACCGAGAAUCUCUAUCUGCAUCGACUCCGUCUAUAAUGAACGGAAGCGUUGUCCCUUUGAAAGCAAAUAUGUCGCAGGUUUCUCUGUCAAGCGCAUCUACCAACUCGUCUUCCUCACUCUGGGCAUCAGCACCAGACAUCAUGCAUCAGCGUACGUCAUCUUCGUCUUCAUCCCUCACCGCUCGUCCACCGGGAUCUCGCCAUCCCAAAUCCCCUCAACUUACACAUCCCUCACCUGUUGUCGACCAGAAAGCAUGA